AUGAAUUUAGUUAUCAAAGGCAAGGAACUCUAAUUAUAUUUUUCCAAAGAACAACUCAAUCAUAUGGUUGUAAAAAUUGCAAAUUAGAUCUCUGCUGACUAUUAAGAAAGACAUCCAAUUUUUAUUGGAGUUUUAAAUGGGGCAUUCAUGUUUAUGGCAGAUUUAAUUAGAGCUGUUGAUCCUUAACUUAAAUUUUAAAUUGAUUUUAUUAAAUUAUCUAGUUAUGAAGGUAAAGAGUCAACUGGAAUUGUGAAGGCUUUAAGUGGAUUGAAAAAUGAUAUCAAAGGUCGUCACGUUAUAAUUAUUGAGGAUAUAAUUGAAACAGGAUUGACUAUAACAGCAGUCAUAGAGGAGAUGAAAAAGUUAGAGCCUGCAAGUGUUAAACUAUGUGCUUGUUUUCUUAAGACUGGAAAAUAAAAAAUAAAUAUCUAGCCUGAUUAUCUAUGCACAGAAAUAGAAGAUAAGUUUAUUAUUGGUUAUGGAUUAGAUUGGGAUGAAUAUGGAAGAGGAUUGGAUCAAUUAUAUUAUAUAUAAUGAGUAGUAUUUAGUUAAAUCAUCCAAU